AUGGACACAGCUGCAGCGGUGACUCUUCUGGCACUGAUUAUGGCGAUGGCUGGCGUCAGUCAGGCUCUUCAUAUCCAAGCCGGCCUGGACAAAAAUGACAUCUUGCCUGGCAGCUCAGAGGAGAGCAUGCCUGACCGCCUGUUGGGGCUGGAGAGUGAAAACAGAGAUAGCGACACUGAUGAUCGCGUGCUGACUUCAUUGCUGAGAGCCCUGCUGCACGGAGCCCAGAGAGAAGCCAGGGAGUCUGUCCUCCAUCAGCCACAGAGGUUUGGCCGCAGCUCCAGAGGGCAGGUUGUGCUGGAGGAUCAGAUGCAAUCCCGUGACUGGGAGGCUGCCCCCGGUCAGAUCUGGAGUAUGGCUGUGCCCCAGAGAUUUGGCAAGAAGUAA